CUUUUCCAGUCAUCUUUUUCAAGUACAUCUCACCAGGCAACAACAUACUGCAAGUAUGAUCGCCUGCGUCCAAGUCCCGGUUACUAUUACAAAGGAUGUGAAACCGACCAAGUCCGUGCUCAAAGAUAUUGUCAGCACCUUCCUCUCAGAAUGGGCAACUAUCGAUCCAGACUACCUGGUUGUGAGGCAUGAUGUUGGGCAAAUGUGCGCACAUUACUUUGUUGAACGACCAACCCAGCUUGCCACUGAAUCACGACUAGAACCCUCCAAGGUUUUCAUUAAAUUACACGAGGAUGAAGCAACAGGUGUCGAGGUCUUUGAACACUUAGCACCGUCAAAAGAUGCAGAAGCUGCUCUGGUUCAGCAAUUUGGCAAGACGAGCUUCGGGCCCAAGAUGAUUGGCUUCUUCCAGACUAAUAAUGGCGUACGGGGUAGAAUCGAUGAGCUCAUCGAUAGCCGCACACUAGAGCCGGAAGAUGUUGAGGACGAGACCAUUCGAGCCGACAUUGCAAAAGCUUUUGCAACGUUUCACGCCUUGGAGGCACCAUUUUUACUCAAGAAGUCAGUCGACUCCUAUCGAGAGGCUGUUAUUCGGGGGCUGAAUAAGUAUCACAAGAUGGCAAAGCUCAAGAGCUUGGCUAGAGAAGGCGGUGUCGAUAUCGAUGAGUUGGUGGACUAUGACUUUACCUCUAAACUUCGAGAGAUUGUUGACCGUUUGGCGUCAAUGGGGGCCAAAGAAGGGUGGUGCAUUCACGAUGUGCAAUUUGGAAACGUACUCUUGAAAGAUGAUGUAAAGAGAGGCGAGAGCAAAAUUGCCCUCAUUGACUUUGAGUUUGUCUUUCGAAAUUACAGAGCGUUCGAUAUCGGUGGACACUGGUUUCAGAAGAUGUUCAAGUGGACCAACGAGGUGAGCAAGAUUGUCGACUGCAAGCCUUAUACCGACGAAGAAAAGAAACAAUUUUGCCAAGACUAUGCGAAGAAGUGGAACGAAAUCACAGGCGACAAUGACACAUGCGAGCAGGUUCUUGCAGAAGCAACAUUAGGAUAUAUACUGGCCUUGAGCUUCGAUAUCCAUUUUAUGCUGAUGGCGAUGGACGAGGAUGACAACACAGAUCCGCUCGACGCGCUCGCGUUGAAGAAGUUGUUUGAUGAAUUUACGAAGCAGUAUGCCCUGCUAUAGCAUAGCCAGAUAGGUAGAUUUCCCCCAUAAAAAUUGUUGUUGAGGCUAAAAGUCCCUAUUGUGUGUGUCGUUAGUGUUGUGGGCUACUUUGCGGUAAACUCUUUGUCGCUAUCUUUGCCUAUUAACACCCCUGAGCUUGCUCUUCCAUAAGCAUCACAAGUGUGAAGACCAGCAAGCCGUCUUGUUCGUGGUGGUUUUGGAGGCUUCAGGCUUUAACCCGUUAUUGACAAGGACGCUGCUUCCGGAGGUCACAGGAGCAGUAGUGUAUAGUUCUAAGAUUUAGCUAACAAGUGCAAGAGAUACUACUUUACAGCGCAAGAAAGUUAGUCGACUUAGACAAACCAAAAAAGUUUCUGUAGUACUGCUAGGAUAUACUAGACAUCUAUCAUUUAC